AUGUAUGACACGAAGGGAGGAUCAAAAUUAUUAAUCCUGAUAGGGUUAUUAUGCGUUGGCAAGGUUCUAGCGGGUUGUCCAACAUGCCCUUCAAUAUCAUCAGUUCCCAAUGGAUUUACUAAGCAUACAUAUACCUCUACAAAUGAGCAUAUUGAAAAUCCUGGAAGAGGGUUUAUGCAACAGUCAACUGGAUCUAGCUCACACUACAGUUCAUUGUCGCAAUCACAUGCUCCGUAUGGUGAUGCUAAUAAAUAUUGGGUACUGGAACACAUUAAACAAUUGAAACCGAUUUUCCAACAAUAUGAGGGAGUCAUUACUGCAGUGCAAGCUGGGUUUAUCGGCACAUGGGGUGAAUGGUAUUACACGACAUAUUUUGGAGAUCCUCAUAAACGAGAUCAUCAUAAAUAUCCAAUACAUGGUUACUCUAGUUCAAUCUUUAAUGAUAGAAAGGAAGUUUUGUUGGCCGUUUUAAACGCUGUUCCCAAAUCAAUCCAAGUACAGAUCCGGUAUCCGGCUAUUAAAACUUCCAUGUUUGAUUACAACCCAACAACCUAUGGUGAAGUUCUUCAACAAACCAAUAAAGCAAGAACUUGUCAUCAUAAUGACUGUUUUCUAUCAUCUGAUAAUGAUGUUGGUACCUAUUCAGACAAGGCUAAGGAAUAUCCAUAUUUACAUAAAGACAGUGAAUACUGUAUUGUUGGUGGUGAAACUUGUAGACCAACCAGUGGUCCCAGUGGUCAUUAUUAUGCUGCUGAACUAUCAAAAUAUCAUGAUACAAGAACAUGGCAUCCUGGUCAUACAACCUUAGAUGGAAGUGUCCAUGUUGUUAGGAAUUUCCCUGCAGGAUCAUAUGAUACCUACCUAGCUAUUGGAGACAAAUUAUUGCAUGAUAAAUCUGAUUUUUAUGUUUUAAUGGCCAACCAAAAUGUACCAGUUUAG